GUUGGCUGCAAAGUAGUGAUUGUGUUCUUCCAGUACUGCAUAAUGGCCAGUUUCUUCUGGCUGCUGGUGGAAGGCCUUUAUCUUCACGCACUGUUGGCUGUCUCUUUCUUCUCCGAGAGGAAGUACUUCUGGGCUUACAUCCUGAUCGGCUGGGGAGGUCCUACAAUUUUCAUCACAGCUUGGAGCAUCGCUAAAGCCUACUAUAAUGAUGUUGGGUGCUGGGAUAUAAUCGAGAACACUGAUGUGUUCUGGUGGAUCAUUAAAACCCCAAUUUUGGCUUCAAUCCUG